AUGCAUCGUGAAAUACAGAAAAUGAGGGAAAUUGCCCUUGUUUACCUUGACAGAAGUGGUGGCCUCCAGAAAUUCGUGCAGGAUUGCAAAAAAUAUAACGACUCAAAACAAAGUUAUGCUGUUUAUCGUUUCGUUAUUUCAAUAAAUCCUUCUGAUAUUACUGAAUUAGAUGCAACUCUUGGGAACUGCAUUCUUCAUAAUCCCAUACAAGCGGCACAGAUUUUUCAGUCAGUAUGUUUCAUAGCGAUUAAAACAUUAUCAUUAAUUGAUCAGUUGCAGACAGAGGCCCAGAUAAGUAUACUACUGAAACCAACACAUCUGCCACCUUUACCAAGUUAUGUUCUGAGUCUUUCUGCGUUUCCCUUUAAUUACACAUCUCGAAGAUUUUAUAUGUCUGAAGGAAUAGUGAUUGCAAUGGGAACUGUAACAAAAUACACACAAGGAGCAAGAUUUCUUUGUACUGAGGAAACCUGUCCAUUUUCUGAAGGGUUUAGGUACAUUAGGGUGCAUCUGCCUGGAGCUACAGAAUCUGCCACAGUGAGGAGUGAUUUUGUGUGUAGCUUGUGUUCUUCACCACUGCAGGAAAACAUGAAAUUUCGAGUACUUGGUGAUAAACAAAUAGUUGAAAUGAUUGAUGCAAAAGUUCUUGAUGCUUUGAAAGGAUGUUGCAAUGAUAAAUCACACUUUAGGAUUCAGACCUUUACAGUUUUCUUGAGAGAUGAACUGGCCAAUAAAAUGAAAAUAGGAGACCACUACAAGAUUAUAGGAAUUCCAGCUUGUGUGCAAAACGGCUUACAAGCUACAGCGUGUAUAGAAGUCAAUAGUGUGCAACUCUGUAAACCAAAUGGCCCUUCUUUUGUCAGUAAAAAUUUUAAGUAUCUGCUCUCACUGACUUCAAGCUCCUGCUGGAGGUUUACUGCCAUCCUUGUCAAUAUCUUUGCUUCUGAAGUUGUUCCACCAGGCACUUACAAUACUCUUAAACUUGCAAUAUUGCUGAGUCUAGUACAGACAGGUGAAAAAGAAAAUGCAGAUUAUCUGGAUCUCUUGAUUGUGACAAGCGACACGCUAGUAAUUGACAGGCUUCUUAAUUACAGCAUAUGUCUUCUGCCUCGUGGCGUACGACACCCACCCACCAACGAAAUUUUUCCUUCUGUGUCCAAAGAUAAACAUGGAUCUGGAAGUGCUAGUAUCCAAGCUUGCAGUGCUGUGCUGGCUAAGGGUGGCAUCUGCUACAUAGGAGACUUAUCUUCAUAUAAGAAGGAUAAACUUGAACUUCUACAGUCUGUGCUAGAGAGCAGAACAACAACAGUAUUCAUUCCUGGGAAGAAGUACGGAGAAGAAGCUGACCAACACGUUACUAUUCCAGUUCAGACCAAUUUUUGGUCUUUUGUAGAUGUGGAUUCCUCCUCAAAGAAACAUACACAAAAGGAUAACUUUGUAAUUGGACAGAUGGACAUGAGUUUGAUUCCUCCUAACCUUGUAGAUGUUUUUGGCCUUUUGAUACACAAUGAGUUCCCUUCCUGUCAGCUGUCUGCUCCUCUUGUACAUCAUGUCUUGAAAAAAGCCAUUAAUCCUGGAGCCACGCUGUACAAAGUUUCACAGCAGUUCAGAACACAGGAUUACGAGGAGUUUAUUUUGUUUGCUAAGAAUCUUCACGUUGAACUGAGUUCAGAAGCAGAAAGCCUCAUUCAGGGCUACUAUCUUGCAAGUCGCAGAGUGAGAAGGGAUUCUGUUCAUGGAUCAACAUUAUCAGCAUCUGCACUAAAAACUCUGAUUUCACUGUCUAAGGCUCACACUAAAUUAAGUUUAAGAAAAAAAGUACUUGAGGAAGAUGCACUGAUUGCCAUCUUGUUACUUGAAUCAUCUCUCACCCUAAAACACGGCAAGUCUGCAUUAUGCAUAGCACCAAAUCCUGUAUUUCCAUUUGACCUCAGUGAUGAAAACUCCUUGCAACAGAGAGAUUUUUACCUCAUGCAGUGUCACCAUCAGGUGCUGAAGUUUAUUGGUGCCUAUGGCCCAGGAAUUCAUGUUAACACUAGCGAAGAGUGA